GGAGGUUCCGAGGCGGAAGUGGGGCGGCGGAAGUGAGGAACCGGAAGCGACAGUUGCCAUGGAGCCCGCGGAGGACUGGCUGGUGGAGUCGUUGCGCUUGUACCAGGAUUUCCAUGCGUUCGACCUCUCGGAAGCCACUCGAGUCCUUGAAUGGAUUGGUGACAAAGGAGUCUUUGUUGCUGGCUAUGAAAGUCGGAAAAAAAAUGAGAUUCUUCAUCUGACAUUACCUUUCAGACUUUCUGUAAAAGAAAACCAGGGCUUGUUCCCGGAAAGAGAUUUUAAGGUCCGCCACGGAGGAUUUUCAGACAGGCCUGUCUUUGAUCUGAAGCAUGUGCCGGACACCAGGUUGCUGGUGACCAGUGGCCUUCCAGGUUGUUACCUGCAGGUGUGGCAGGUCGCAGAGGACAGUGAUGUUAUCCAGGCUGUCAGCACCAUUGCGGUCCACGAGAAAGAAGGGCAUCUCUGGCCUAGGGUAGCCAUCUUCUCGUCAGUGGCACCUGGCAUCCUCCACGGGGUGAGGCUCAGCAGUCUGAAGGUCGUGGAUCUGGAGUCCCAGAAGACCAUGUACACCUCAGGUGUCAGUGACAGUGACGAGCUGAGCAGCCUGCAGGUCCUCGAUGCACACACCUUUGCCUUCUGCUGUACCUCGGGCCGGUUGGGGCUCGUGGACACUCGCCAGAAGUGGGCCCCGUCAGAGAAUCUCAGCCCCUGCCCUGGGUCCGGUGGGGGGAGGUGGUGUGCAGAAGUUGGGGGUAGGGGCCGGGGCCCUGGGCCCCACAUUGCCAGCCUUGGCUCAGAUGGGCAUCUCUGUCUUCUUGACUGCCGGGAUCUCUCCCAUCCUGAAAGCUCAGUCCAGUGCGCGGUGUCCACACCCAGCCCCGCCCCAGAGCUGCUGCGAGUGACGUGGGCUCCAGGCCUGGACAACUGCCUGGCCAUUUCAGGUUUUGAUGGGACUGUCCAGGUCUAUGAUGUCAUGUCUUGGGAUGGAAUGGGGGGCCAAGCAGAACCUCUCUUCACUCACAGAGGUCACGUCUUCCUAGAUGGCAAUGGGAUAGACACUGCUCCACUGGUCACCACCCAUACCUGGCACCCCCAAAAGCCAAGGACCUUGUUGUCUGCAGCGAGUGACGCCUCUCUGCACGUGUGGGACUGGGUGGACCUCCGUGCCUCCUGCUGACACCAGCAUCUCUGCCCAGGCCUCUAGGAAGAGGAGGAGCUACGUAGCAAGGCUUCUGAUUUAGGACUCGAGGACCACAGGUCUCUGUCACCAGCUGAGCAGCCUUGGGCAAGUUAACCAGCCUCUCCUAGCCCCAGUUUCUUUAUUGCAAAAUGAGACUAGUAAUACCUCGCAGGGUUGUUGGGAAAAGUAGAAGUAAUAUGUUAAAAAGUAACUGGUAGCAUGCAUGGCACGAUAAAUAUUUGGCAGCUCCUGUUGGAUGUGGGAGCCCGUUUCCCACAAGUGUGAAAUGCGCUGCUUUCUGCCUGUCUGUAUUCACAACACCAUAGUGAGAAUCAGAAUCAGAAGAGCUGACAAAUGUAAACUUGUUUCGUUUACAAACGUUUUUAUAGAACUAAAACCAAUUAAGAUGAAAAAAGUCAACCCCAGUAGCAAUGAAGGAAAUAGCAGUUAAAACAAGAUUAUGCCAUUCUUGCCUACCAAAUUGCCAAAUUUUAAAGCAUUAUUACUUUCUACAGCUGAGAGCGGUGUCAUGAUGCAUGUUCAACAGGAGCCAAGCAGCAGUGAGGGUCUUUCUCCCGGGCGUGUAGUGUGGCAUUGUGCAGCUGCCCAGCUUACAUGUCCAGGCUCCUGGGAAAUGACAAUUGACAUUUGCUAAUCUUUUGCUGUUACAAAUAGUGUGAAACAACUUUUGUACCUAUGAACAGUAUGUCUGUAGAUAAAUUUCUAAGGCGGAGGAUA